ACCGGGCAUCUCUGAAGUCCUGGUGUCAAGGGGAUCAAGAGAUGACUUCUCAGAGGUUCUAGGUGAUGCUGAGACCUUGGUGUCACUAAACUCUGGGCAUGUGGACAGGAGGGGCUUGCGGCUGUGUCUCUGACCUGUGUGAUGUGCAGGAGGGUCUCAUUGACUCAGCGCCUGCGCGUUGUGCCUGGCUGUGCUCUCUUUUAUGCCCCCUCUAUUCUCUCUCCCCCAGGGGAUUUUCAUCUCAACAACAGUGUCCCUCACCCAGGCCUGCCGUCCGGCCAGUAUGGGCUUGUACAUCAGGCACCUUCCUGCAUGUGUGGCCUCCGGCCUGCCCUCCUCUGGCCACAUUCAAGUCCUUUCUCACCAGUUUAAAAAUUGUGAAAGUGAACUGCCACCUAUUUCAGAGGAGAGAUGACUGCCAGAAACGAGGUCGUGGUGCGGAAGGUCUUUGGAGUGGGAGGGCUCUCAGGUGCAGGUGGCAGGUGUUCUGCACCUUGUUAGGCCAAGGAGCCCGCAGUCAGGCCGGGAAGUGGGAGUCGGGGGCAGGGGGCCUUCCAGCCAUCUUCCCCCGUACCCCCCAGCUGAGAACAGAUGGAAACGUGAAGACGGGUAGCUGGGGCGGCCAGGGAACCCAAGUCCGCUGGCCGAAGCCAAAGCCCGGCACCACCCCUCAUUCUUGCUGGUGGAAAGCAUCGUGAAAUCAACCAGCGGCAGCUCUGAACGCGACGCAGAGCCCGCGAGGGAGCCUGGGCAAGGACGGAGCGGGCCUGCACCGGCGGUUGGGCGGGCUCCGGGGGCGGGGUCCACCUGUGACUGCGGCGCGUCCCUCACCGCUCGGGCCGCCAGGGGGCGCCCUCCGGAGAGCGCGCCUAGGCCGCGGCCUGCGCUUGGCCCCUGCGGGCCGCCGUCUCCGUGCCCGGCAUUCGGCCGCCGUUCGGCUGCGCGGCGGCAGCUCCCGGCGGCUCUUGGCGGCGCCGCAGUCGGACCUUCGGGCGCCUGCUGGCCGGCGGCAGCGGCGAUGGCCCCCUGAGCAGGCAGGGAGCAGGCGGCUUCAGGCGGGCAAGCGGGCGGGUGCCGCAGCCCAGGCCCGGGUGGCGCCUCUUUGUUUCCACGGGUAGCGGCGCAGCCCCGGGCCCCGGGCGGAAGUGAGACGCGCUCGGCGCGGGGGCCGCGGCGGCAGCACCAUGAGCGACAUCCGCCACUCGCUGCUGCGCCGCGAUGCGCUGAGCGCCGCCAAGGAGGUGUUGUACCACCUGGACAUCUACUUCAGCAGCCAGCUGCAGAGCGCGCCGCUGCCCAUCGUGGACAAGGGCCCCGUGGAGCUGCUGGAGGAGUUCGUGUUCCAGGUGCCCAAGGAGCGCAGCGCGCAGCCCAAGAGACUGAAUUCCCUUCAGGAGCUUCAACUUCUUGAAAUCAUGUGCAAUUAUUUCCAGGAGCAAACCAAGGACUCUGUUCGGCAGAUUAUUUUUUCAUCCCUUUUCAGCCCUCAAGGGAACAAAGCGGAUGACAGCCGGAUGAGCUUGUUGGGAAAACUGGUCUCCAUGGCGGUGGCUGUGUGUCGAAUCCCGGUGUUGGAGUGUGCUGCCUCCUGGCUUCAGCGGACGCCCGUGGUUUACUGUGUGAGGUUAGCCAAGGCCCUUGUAGAUGACUACUGCUGUUUGGUGCCGGGAUCCAUUCAGACGCUGAAGCAGAUAUUCAGUGCCAGCCCAAGAUUCUGCUGCCAGUUCAUCACCUCCGUUACCGCGCUCUAUGACCUGUCGUCAGAUGACCUCAUUCCACCUACGGACUUGCUUGAAAUGAUUGUCACCUGGAUUUUUGAGGACCCAAGGUUGAUUCUCAUCACUUUUUUAAAUACUCCGAUUGCGGCCAAUCUGCCAAUAGGAUUCUUAGAGCUCACCCCGCUCGUUGGAUUGAUCCGCUGGUGCGUGAAGGCACCCCUGGCUUAUAAAAGGAAAAAGAAGCCCCCCUUAUCCAAUGGCCACGUCAGCAACAAGGUCACAAAGGACCCGGGUGUGGGGAUGGACAGAGACUCCCACCUCUUGUACUCAAAACUCCACCUCAGCGUCCUGCAGGUGCUCAUGACGCUGCAGCUGCACCUGACCGAGAAGAAUCUGUAUGGGCGCCUGGGGCUGAUCCUCUUCGACCACAUGGUCCCGCUGGUAGAGGAGAUCAACAGGUUGGCGGAUGAACUGAACCCCCUCAACGCCUCCCAGGAGAUUGAGCUCUCGCUGGACCGGCUGGCGCAGGCUCUGCAGGUGGCCAUGGCCUCAGGAGCUCUGCUGUGCACAAGAGAUGACCUGAGAACCCUGUGCUCCAGGCUGCCCCAUAAUAAGACUCUGAAUUUCGGGGUCGUUUGCAAGGCCAGCUUCCUGGGGCUUCUGCUUGGAAUUCAGCCUCCUCCAGCUGGUGAUCUCGGGUCCCGUGCAGCAGUCGCCUCACGCCGCGCUCCCCCCGGGGUUCUACCCCCACAUCCACACGCCCCCGCUGGGCUACGGGGCCGUCCCGGCCCACCCCGCCGCCCACCCCGCCCUGCCCACGCACCCCGGGCACACCUUCAUCUCGGGCGUGACCUUUCCCUUCAGGCCCAUCCGCUAGGCUGGCCCGCGUGUGCCUUCUGCGCCCUCGCUGGACUAAGCCUUUCGAGAUGGAAGGGGUGGCCGGACUCCCAGAAGAGAACCUCGGGGAAGGGAUCGGGCAGCCCCUCCCCGCCGGCAGAACCGUCUUGGUGUCACGGAGUCCAGGUGCUUCCCACCCGGUCGCAUUCAUUGACAUGCAGAUUGGAUGGUGAAGGGAAGAGUCCAGCCUCUGCCGAGAGCCUGCUGCGUGCAUUUUUAAAAGAUGCGGAUCCUGGGAGCCUCUGUUCUCUGCGCAUUUCAGACGCACAGCCUGUGUGGCGAGGAGUGUGACGGCAGGAGCCCCGGGUGCAAGCCCGUGUGUCUGGCCUCUUUCCUCGUGAAGACGAUGUGUCCCCGCCAGAAAAAGUGGGCUCCUUCUGCAGCCCCGUGAGCUGAGCCCAGGCUGCGUAGUGACCACAAGCUUAUGUGCAGCACUGCUCAGGGAGGCUGUCAGGAAUUCCCCUCACCUCGGAAAGGAACUUCUCAGUUUUAUUGGGGGUGUCUAAAUUUUCCUUUCAUAUGUUCAAAUACAUUUUUCUAAACAGUCAUGUAGAAUGUUUUCCAUAAAAUAUGUAUUCCAUAAAAUACAUUUAUGGAAUGUAUUUUUAACAGCUUCAUAAAUAUUGCUUCCAACUGCA